AUGGCACAACCUGGCCUACUACAAUGGACGAACACCGUACGACUGACGAUGGUCGAGGACUACGGCCGCCAAUUCUUCAAGGAUCAAAUCCAGCAGCAAGGCUUCCUUUUUCUGGAGGACUAUCUUGACAACAUCCUGGCUGCAAGCGCGAAGGAGGAUCCUCUAAUUGAUCUUGUCAAGACUCCGGGGCGUAAGAAGAUGGCCAAGAAAGUGAAGCUUGUACCAUCGAAGUUGAACAGCAUGGUUUUAUCCUCGCUCGAUGCACCACUCGAUACUGAGACUGUUCUACCCUCCGGUAUAACAUCGGAACAUGCUGAUGGCGAUCCCUUCAAACAUCUAGCAGUACCCUCCUUCGAGAAAGCACUUCAUGUUGCGGAAGAAGUUACGACAUGCGAAGAUCAAGUUCCUCCAACCAAUGCGACGUCUCCGCCUUCUUCAUCAGCAAUUGAGCAGAACAAGCAUGUCCCCAUUGCCACUUCUAACUCUGUUCAUGAGCUUCAAACCCUCAAUGUGGUGUUGCCCGAGCAAAACGAAUUGUCAGUAAUUGUGGAGGGUGACGAACCAGCUGACCGUAGUUUCGCCGUGGCGACGCCUGCAAGACCUGAUGUCUCGUCUCACGGUGUCUCACUCGAAUCUGUUGCGUUGGAUAGCAAGCGUGAAGGUGGCAUCUCACCUUCAGCAUCUCUGCAACCAGAUAUGACGACGUCGUCAUCGGUGGCAACAUUCCACUCCAUUACUCUCGACUCGCCACAAAUCCCCAACGAGGAACAAUCCGGUUUCCAACAACUCAGCGCCAAUCUCUCGACACCCGAUUCUGCACCUAAGCCGAUACUAGAGCCCGAACCCCACCUUAAGGACGUACUGCGUAGCGCACCGCUGAACACAGAACAACAGACGCAAGAGAACGACAUCGAGAUACCCCUUCGAGAGGAGAAUCCCCCUACCAUAACUCGUAAGGCCAGCGUGUCCGCCUUUCCUAUACUGCCGGAGCCUGCUCCUCUUCGCAAGUCUAUGCGCAAGGCCACAGAACCACUAAUGGGACCCCAAGCGACGCUGGGAGUGGCUACACCAGGACUCCCUGGUGGUAAACGGACUUCGUGGCUGAAAAAGGCUAGAGAGGUUAAAGCGAUGGAAGAGACCAGUAAGAAAUUCAGUACUCCGACUGGCUCGGCCCUUGCGUCAAUUUACCCUCAGCAGUCCCAACCAGUCCUACAAGGGCUCAAGCGCAAAAGCGAAGAGGAGGGAAUUGGCGGGACUGCAGACAGAGAUCCCGAGUCGCGCAAACCCAAGGCCUCCAAAUCUACAUUAGGUGACUUCAACCUCUCGGUCCCCGAAGCCGUUCAAUCUGCAGAAGAAGCGCCAACACACGACGCUGGUCAUUAUGCGCCCUCGACUGACGUUGAGAAGACGUCCGAGCGAGAUGAAGUUGGAAUCUUCAAUACGUUCAAGAAGACGAUGCAAGGUCUUGGAGCCCAGAUAGGUAGGAAUGGCAAGUCUCUUGCAGGCGCUUCUCUUGCUCUCGCCGAGGCCAGAGCAGCCGCCGAGGCCAAGAUCGCGGAACGCGAGAAGCAAACGAACCCCGCGAUUUACAACGAUGUCGAGGACAAGACUACUCCGAUGAGUAUAGAGCAAUUGGCUGGGAAUGCCGUCGCUAAGUCCCACGAAUCGGAACGACGCAGCAGGGAAGGACGCCUUAGUGUCUCCGAGUUGGUCGUCGAUAAGAAUACAGAAUGGAGUAAAGAUGCAGUAUUCAAUGCGAAGGUCUUCCAUCGUGGCGAGUCGAGCAACCCGGUAACCUCGUCCCUAGGUAGUGUGUCCACGACACCACCUCAUUCUCCCCCAGCAAGCACAUCUGACUUCCCUCCUCCUGUUGCUGUUGCUGCUGGUCCCGUUUUCAACAAGCCUGUUCCUGUAUUUGUGCCGCCCGCUCCACAUGAUCCUAUUCCUCAAGCGAAGGCCGCAAGUGGACUGCCCUCGAAGGUAACCCAACCCACAUUCUCGCUACCUGUGCCAAUGUCCCUUGGCCUUGGAUCUUUCCGCCCCCCUCCGAGUAACACUCAUCACAACCCCCUUUCAGCUAAGUCGACGUUGGAAAGCUUGGUUUCGGACCGCGUCUUCAGUUCGCAAGACGAACCGGCGUGGAUGCCUUCCACCCAGGAUACCGAGUAUCUAGACAGCUCGCAGAUGUCGCAGUCGGGACGACUGGACAGGUUGAAGCAAUUGGAUGAAGACGACGACAGUUGGCCGGUGCAGGAUCAGGUCGCUGGUGCGGUUCAAUGGCCGUUCAACGUUGUUUCGAGCAAAGAUGACAGCAUGACAUGGAGCAGUUUGCCCACUCAGAGUCAGAGAGGCGAUACUGGCCCCUUGUUAACUGGCACGCACGAAAUACAGGACGUCGAGAGGAGCCCGUCCCACGCCAUUCCAGGUUCAUUUGAUAUGGAUUUCGAGCAGGGGGGCGUAGACGGCGAUCUAGAUGUUGCAGAGAGCGAAGGAAACGACAUACAGACUGAUAUCGAAGAGCCAUCCGAACAUAAUAACGCUCCUCGCAGUCAGAGCCAGCUGUCCAUCACAUCUUCAUCAUCUUCCCAAUCGCAAGGCGGAUUCUUCAAUCAAGCCACAAAGUUGGUCAGUAGUGUCUUGGGAACAAGCAAGAAGGGCAAGACAGAAGUCAAGAGUUUGCAACUCGCUGCUGCUGCUGCCAAGAAGCAACAAGAAGAGUCCGAGAAGAAAGCGGCGCGCCUGAAAGAAAUGGACCACCGCCGUCAACUUGCUUUGCAACGGAAGGCUGAAGAAGAAAAAGCAAAGGCCGCUGAACAAGAGCGCAAGAUGAAAGAAGACGCAGAUCGCAGGAAAAGAGAACGUGAGGAGCACACCGAGAAACGACCGCUGAAGGGUAGUACCUUUACGAAGAAGGAGGAAGAUACAAAUAAAAAGCGCAAGAUUACCGUAGAGAUGGACAAGAAACCGGAGAUAAAAAAGCCCACGAAGUCGACCAAGCCCAGUCCUUCGACGAAGCCACUAAUGAAGCCGAUCGUCAAGCAAACCCCGGCACUUGCCUCCUCCGCUGCAUAUAACACGACUUCUCAGCCGCCCACUGCAUCUAGUUCGAAGCUGCCUGAAUCCAAAGCGUCGAAGACAGCGCUUGCUUCAGCGAAAGGGAAAGCAGUAAAUCAGAUUGUCGAGGAUGAUGGUACACAACCUGCGCAGUUGCUCCAAAGCCAGAUGGCGGCUCGGGCUAAGGCUCAGUUAGACGCGGCUCGGGCUCAAGAGCCUGCUAUACCAAGCGAGGCCAUUGAUCUACCUGACAUAAAUAGCGAGUACUCCGAUUCCGAUGACGAGGAUCGACCGCGGACGUUCAACCCGCCUAGUUGGGCUCAAUCCCCCGAGUUGAGGCAGGCAUUGCUGCACCAGGGAUCAAUAAAUCCCGACGAUAUAUUUGGCGCCAUCCGGCCUUUGCGGAUGGAAGAGAUUUUCAGAUCGAGGACGAGCCGAUUUAGAGCAAGAACUAGCUCUGCUAAUUGGACGGGUACGGAUCGUCUGACGAUUGAAGAAGAGCGUGACUAUGCAAGAAGGAUGGGAUAUAGAUGA